AUGGCUCUCUUCACCCAAAGUUCAAUCCUCUUUCAAUCACAUACACUCCAAUCUUUGGUUCUUAAGAUAUUCUUCUUACUAUUGUUGUUACCCAAAAAUGGCAAUUCAGUUUUCUUCAACUUCACUUCUUUUCAUCCAAACAUGGUGGAAAUAACAUUCCAAGGAGAUUCAUUCCCAGCCGUUGGAGCUCUCCAGCUCACAAAGAACGAAGUUAUUGGUUCCCUCACCGGCAGUGCAGGCCGAGCCUCCUAUUCGCAGCCAGUUCGCCUUUGGGAAACUGGAACCAGAAGGCUGACUGACUUCACUACUCACUUUUCCUUCAAGAUGCAAGCACUUGACAAAGCCGGAAAUGGGGAUGGAAUCUCUUUCUUCCUCGCACCUUUUGAGUCAGACAUUCCCUUCAAUUCGAGUGGUGGGUACCUUGCUUUGUUUAGUCCUGAAAAUGCAUUCAAUGCCUCUGGUAAUAACAGCAUUAUUGCGGUCGAGUUUGAUAGCUUGAAAGACAUAUGGGAUCCUAGCUCUGAUCAUGUGGGAAUAGACAUCAAUUCCAUAAUAUCAGUCAAAAAUGUCACAUGGAAAAGUAGCAUAAAAAGUGGAUCACUAGCAAAUGCUUGGAUAAGUUAUAACUCUACUAGCAAAAAUUUAAGUGUGUUUUUAACUUAUGCUGAUAAUCCAAUCUUUGAGGGAAAUUCUAGCCUUUGGUAUAUUGUUGAUCUGAGAGAGUUUUUGCCUGACUUUGUUAGAGUUGGUUUCUCUGCUUCUACUAGUCAAUUUGUUGAGGUACAUAACAUUAAUUCUUGGUCAUUCAACUCAAGCUUGGAGGUUGAUGAUGGAAAAGGAAAAUGGAAACAAGGAUUGGGGAUUGGGAUAUCUGUGGGGUUUGGUGUUUUGAGCUGUGGAUUAGGCCUUGCUUGGUUCAUAUUUUGGAGAACAAAGGCUAGUAAAGUAACGGUUAAUGUAAAACAAGGAGGUGAAGUAUCUAUGGACAAUGAAUUUGGGAAAGGAACCGGGCCUAAGAGGUUCACUUAUGACGAACUAAACCGAGCAACUGACAACUUUGUAGAGGAAGGAAAGCUAGGUGAAGGCGGAUUCGGAGGCGUCUACAAAGGUUUACUAAACGAAUCCAACACAGAAGUAGCAGUUAAAAGGGUGUCUAGAGGAUCAAAGCAAGGGAAAAAAGAGUACAUAGCGGAAGUGAAAAUUAUUAGCCGUUUGAGGCAUAGAAAUUUGGUUCAACUCAUUGGUUGGUGCCACGAACAAGGCGAACUCCUCCUCGUCUAUGAAUUCUUACCCAAUGGAAGCCUUGACACUCAUCUCUUUGGUAAAAGCCUUGUGCUAAAAUGGACUGUUAGACACAAAAUAGCCCUUGGCCUAGCCUCUGCCUUGUUAUACCUCCAUGAAGAGUGGGAACAAUGCGUGGUCCAUAGAGAUAUCAAGUCAAGCAAUGUCAUGUUAGACUCAAACUUCAACGCAAAGCUUGGAGAUUUCGGCCUAGCCAGACUGAUAGACCACGACGAACUGGGGUCACAAACAACCGUUUUGGCAGGCACAAUGGGGUACUUAGCCCCGGAAUGUGUCACAAUCGGCAAGGCUAGUAAAGAAACCGAUGUCUACAGCUUUGGAGUGGUUGCACUUGAGAUCAGUUGUGGGAGAAGGCCUGUUGAUCUUAAGGCAGAACCAAGCCAAACAUUGCUUGUGGAAUGGGUUUGGGAGCUAUAUGGAAAAGGCCAGAUCCUUGAAGCUGCAGAUGAAAGGCUAAAUAUGGAGUUUGACCAAAGACAAAUAGAGUGCUUGAUGAUAGUUGGUCUAUGGUGUUGCCAUCCUGACCACACUAUUCGACCCUCUAUAAAACAAGUUAUAAAGACGCUCAAUUUUGAAGCUCCGCUGCCUAAACUACCGGCAAAGUUGCCGGUGCCGACGUAUUUUGCGCCACCGUUGGACAUGCUUAGGUUCACUUAUACAUCAGCUGGCCAAACUUCCACCAUUAAUGAGCAAACUCAAUCUUCCUGUAGAAGCUAUACUACUCAGUCGUCUACUACUUCUGGUUCUGGAGGCUCUUCUAGAGCUCUGCUAAAUAUGCAUACACGUUGA